CGGGAGGCGAGAGACUAGACUCGCGGGUGAUAUCUUCAUGGCGGGAAACUAAAAAGCUCGGGCAUAUCCUGAGUCGCCGAAUAACCCCGGGAAGAAACUCGCAAUGGGCUCUGAAGCGACCCUUCUCCCGAAAUGGGCAUCCCAGCCUUGUAUCAUGGGAAUCGAUGAAGCUGGCCGAGGACCCGUUUUAGGGCCUAUGGUGUAUGGAUGCUUGUAUUGUGCUCGCUCCUAUCAGAAGACCCUCGCAACUUUGAGUUUUGCUGAUUCGAAGACGCUAAAAGAAGAGAAGAGGGAAGAAUUAUUUGAUAAUCUAAAGGGAAAUGAAUCGAUUGGAUGGGCAGUUGAUGUCUUAGACCCAAGGGAACUCUCAGCUAAAAUGUUGAAGAGGAACAAGAUAAACCUGAAUGAGAUAUCGCAUCAAUCUGCAAUGGGCUUGAUUGAUAGGGUACUGAAGAUGGGAGUUCUUCUGACUGAGGUCUAUAUAGAUACCGUUGGAGAUCCAGGAAAAUAUGAAAUUAUGCUAUCAAAAAAUUUUCCAUCUAUUAAAUUUGUGGUUGCAAAGAAGGCUGAUAGUCUCUAUCCUGUUGUGAGUGGUGCUAGCAUAGUUGCUAAGGUCACAAGAGACCGAGCUUUGCGUGAAUGGGUGCUUGAUGAGACUGCUGAAAACAUGCACAGGAACUUUGGGUCCGGAUAUCCUGGAGACCCCCAAACCAAAUCCUGGUUAGAACAUCACAAACAUUCUGUCUUUGGAUUCCCAACCUUGGUCAGAUUCAGCUGGGGAACCUGCACUACAUAUUUUAAAGAUAUUGUGGAAGUCUCAUGGGAAUCUGAUAAAAUGGAAGAAGAAGGGGAAGGCGGUAGCAACAGUGGCAAGCGGCAAUUGAAAUUAAGAAAUGUAGGUUUCACCACGACCAAGAGAAAAAGUGAAGAAAUAGAAUCAAGUGGCAAAGGUCGCAGUAGGUUUUUCCAGACUCGGAAGCUUGAGAUUGUUACUGAUUUCUGAUCCUAAUUUUGAUAGGUAGAUUUCUCUGCAACAUUUUUAGAAAUUUCUUAGUUAAGUUACAUGAAGCAUGCAACGAGUUCAGAGACUUUCUUCACAGACACUUUGUAUGUCAUUAGAUUCAUCUUGAUAAGAUUUUAUAUUAGUCGCGUGUAAUUUGUGGGCUGAUUAAGCAACAUAGCUUAUAUAAAAGUGAUUCAGUCAAUUUUCAGCUUAACUAAACCAUUCGAUCAUUUAGAUGUCUAUUAUAUUUCUGUUAUUUAAU